GUGCGCAUCUGCGUCAUGGCGUUGCCGGUACUCUGUAGUUGGGGGGACGCCAAGAUGGCACCUGGGCGGAUGUUGGCGGUUUUAGUUGUCCUGUUUGUGUGCUGCGGAAUCCCAUCUGAUGGGCAGAAGAAGAAAGAGACUCUGCUGUCUGAAAAAGUUGGGCAGAUGAUGGAAUGGGCAAACAGGCGAGCUGUAAUUCGGAUGAAUGGCGAAAAGUUUCGUCGAUUUGUGAAAGCUCCUCCAAGGAACUACUCUGUUAUUGUGAUGUUCACUGCCUUGCAGCCACAGCGCCAGUGCACUGUUUGCAAACAAGUGGAUGAAGAAUACCAAAUUCUGGCUAACUCCUGGCGUUAUUCAAGCUCCUUCAUAAAUAAACUUUUCUUUGCUUUGGUGGACUUUGAUGAAGGAUCCGAUGUGUUUCACCAGCUCAAUAUGAAUUCCGCUCCAACAUUCAUGCAUUUUCCCGCUAAAGGAAAACCGAAGCGAGCAGACACUUAUGAGCUUCAAGUUCGGGGAUUUGCAGCUGAGCAGAUUGCACGAUGGAUUGCUGAUAGGACGGAGAUCAAUAUCAGAGUGAUUAGGCCUCCAAACUACGCUGGUCCCUUGAUGCUGGGAUUUUUACUUGCUAUAAUUGGUGGACUUGUGUAUCUUAGGCGGAAUAACCUUGACUUCCUAUAUAACAAAAAUGGCUGGGCAUUUGUUGCUUUGUGUUUUGUACUUGCUAUGACCUCUGGCCAGAUGUGGAACCAUAUCCGGGGUCCCCCAUACGCACACAAGAACCCUCAUACUGGUCAAGUGAGUUACAUUCACGGAAACAGUCAAGCACAAUUUGUAGCUGAAACACACAUUGUUAUUUUGCUGAAUGCUGCUAUAACAUUAGGUAUGGUACUUCUUCAUGAAGCAGCAACAUCUAAAAUGGAAAUAGGCAAAAGGAGAAUUUUGUGCGUGGCAGGACUAGGACUGGUUGGGUUUUUCUUCAGCCUGAUGUUGUCCAUUUUCAGAGCAAAGUACCAUGGAUAUCCAUACCGCUUUCUUAUUAGUUGAUCCUGGAGACAUAGACAGAAACUAGAAGGACGGCACCAUGGCUUGAGAAAUAUACACAAAAGAAUACAUGAAGUUAAGAGUUUUGUUGUGUUUCAGACUACCUUCCAAAGUUAUUGCAAUCAAGGUCUCUCAAAGGAAGACUUGAACCAAAGAGAGCCUACAGUGCCUUAGCAGAUUUUUAAGUUUACUGUCGGACCUGAAAAAUAUUUUUAAAAUGGAAGAGAUUUCAAGGUAUCCUGGGAAAAGUAGACAAUAAUUAAAAUUGUUUGCAAUUUUCAAAGAAGUAUGCCAAUUCUGUUGAUUGAUGAAAGUGCCUUAACCUGAAUCAUACAUCAAAACCGAAGGGCUGAUCUGCAUACUUGUAAAUUUAUACUAGCUGGUGUAAUGUGAUAUUGAAGUAUCAUUUUCAAUAGUUUGACCUAAAAUGCUACAUUCUAUUGUGUACAUUGGGUCAUUUUCUUCAACAGAUACUGUGAAACUGGCUGUUGCAUUUUGCAUUUACAAUAGAGAGCUUGAUGACUGUGGUAUCAAUAACUGGGCGUAAACAUUAGUCUGCAGUAACUUCUUUUGAAGUGCAUUGAUGCUUGUUUGAUCAUUUGGAAAUAUUUUAAAAUGUGAUUAUUGAUUCAAACUGUUCAUGAAGAAAGUUUGGUGCAAAAUAUGAAUGCAACUAUGUUUAAUUAAAUAAUUGGGAGUGCAUGGUGCCUUGGGUCCUAGGUUCAAAAUCAGAAAGCUAUAAGUUGAUUGAAAUGCAGUGUAGAAUGCUAGCUCAAUGCCUUAUUUUUAUAUUAAAUGUAAAUUGGAUGAAAACUGAAUUAAAUAUUGCAUCUAAUUGCACAGUUAGCGUUGAUGUCUGUUUUUAAAAUAUUCUGAAUGUAAUUUUGUGCACCAUUAAGGAAACAAAUAUUAAUCACAUUAAAUAACAUUGAUUUCCAAUAUUUCUGUUUCAGAUAAUAGCCUAGUACAAUUGCAGAGGUUAUGCUGCUCCAGUUGUAGAUCAACAAAUCCUUAGUCAGAACCCCUGGAUGAGGAAACUUUGCCAAAGGAGUAACCAAUUUUGAUCACAAUUCAUUGAGCACAGCUACAAGUAGGUUUAUAAAUGGAGUCUGACUGACUAAGCUAUGUAGGCCUUGUGUGGAAUAACCUCCAAAUAGAUAUUUGGAAGUAUACCCAAGCAAGAUGUUGAUGCAGUUAGAGAAGUAAAGAGGAACAAUCAAGUGAGGAAAAAUUGGGUAACCAAACUUUUGAACAAGAAGUAAAGGAGGAAAUCUAUUCUACUUAAGCUCUAUGUUCAACAUGUAGUUGUAAUUGCUUUCCCUUUUAUAACCAAACCUUUCAGUUCCCUCAAAGUUCGAAGACAAUUUAUAUUAUGUUUGAAAAACUAGUGUGUUGAUAACAUAUUUUGGCAAAUACUUUUCUUGUUUAUAUUCAUUCAAUUUAUCAUGGCAAAUACAUAACCAGAUGUCUUUUCCUUCAAGUAAGUUUUUAAUUAUCUCAUUUUUUGAGACACAAUGAAAGUGUAAUUGUGAAAGGUUAUCUAUUUGGGACCACAAGAGGAUAGACCAGGGUACUUUGUAGUAAUUAAUUACAGUGGAUGUUCAGAGAGACUUGGAAGUUCAGGUGCAUCUUUAAAAUGUCACAAACAGGUCAGGAAGUAAUCAAAGCUAAUGGAAUGCUGGCCUUUAUAUCAGGGUGCAGACGUUAUGCUGCAACUAUACAAAUCCUGGUUAGAUUCUGCCUGGAGUACUGAGAGCAGAUCUGGUACCACAUCUUAGAAGGGAUAUAUUGGCCUUCAAAGGAAUAUAUCAUAGAUUUAUAAGAAUAUCUGGCCUUCGGGGUUAUGUUCUGAGGAGAGACUACACAAAUUAGGACUUUUUUUUUCUCUCUAGAAUUUAGAGGGCUAAAGGGUCAUUUGAUCUAAGUCGUCAAGAUAUUAACAAAAGACGGGGUAGGUGAAGAUAAACUAUUUCAUUGGUUGGAGAUUCUAGAACUAGAUUUAGGGUUAAUUAGUCUAUAUUAGGGCUCGAUCAUUCAGGACAGAUGUCAAGAAAUAUUAGUGUACAUGAAGGUUGGUAGAUAUUUGCAUCUACCUUUGCUAGAUUAGUUGUUAAUUGAAAUUUGAGGAUUUUUUGUUCAGCGAAGAUUUUAAUGGAUAGAGCCAAAGUGAGAAAUUGAGGUUAGGCCAUAGAUCAACCAUUAUCCCAUUGAAUGGUGGGGCAGGCUCAAGGAACUGAAUGGUUUACUUCUGUUCCUAGGUUCUUUGAAAACAAAUUCUAUAUCAUCGCAGUGAUUUGAGCAAAUUGAUUGCAAGUCCUUUCUCAUGGGAAAGGAUGUGCACAUUGCAGCUAUGUGGUGAAUGUAGAACUUGAAUAGAAUUUUAUUUUUCCUUCCUCUUCAAAAGUUUUUUUUGCAUUUCUUUAAAUAGCAUCAUUUACAAUCUGUUACCUUCAGAAAAUUAUAAUACUAUGCUAUCUAAAGCCGAUAAUGUAAGAAUAUGACUGCUAAUCUACGGUUGCACAGUUCCAUACACCCAUUAGUAGGCUAUUCCAUUGCAGAAACUAACAUAACUAAGUCAGUUAUAAUUGAUAUAUUCAUUUGGAGCAUUGCUUACUAUAUUCUGAUCAGGAAUGAAAACACUUGCAAAUUUUCCUGAAUCAGAGGAUUACAUAGGUCAUUCUGAUCUAUGUCUGAGAAUCUUCAACCUUGCAUUUGUAUCCAUGUCUCUUGAAGUGCAGAUGUCUAAUAUAAGUAAUGGCUGCAAAUUAUUUGUAAUUCCAGUGUCAAAAUGAACAUGAGAUUCUGUCUUGUUACAGAUCUCAGUUGGAUUGACAAUGAUUAAAUUACCAAUGCUGUUGGCCCCCCUGACCUUAAGAAGUGAAAGUAGUUAGGAUUCCUACUGUUUGAUACCCAACGGCAUUUGCUAUAAUGUGUGUAUAACCAUUGGGUAAGGACCCAAUUAAGCUGAUAUUUACUGCAUCUUGUGUUUAAAAUAGCCCAUUCUCACAAAGAAUGACUUUGGUCAGAGGGCAUGGUAUUUAAGGAUGAGUGAACACUUUUUCAGAAGUUGAAAGAUGUUUUUGGCGUGGGUUUGUUCAAAAGGAGCAUUUGGGAGAUGAUCAUCAUUAUGUUACAACACUUUGUUUAGAAAUGGAGAGUGAUGACAAUAAAGGGCUUUUAUCCCUAUGUAAUUCCUUAUGUAGCUUUUGGUGCCUGGUUUUAAAAAUGUCCUAAUAUAUCAACUUUUAUUAUUAUGAUUUGGUUUAUGUAUGCUUUCUGGCUUCUCAGUGGUAGUUUAUGGACAGUUUUGUUUUGUACGAUCUGCCCAUUAUUUCUAGUCAGUUAAACAAUUGAUGAAAUUAUAAAAAAGUAAAUGUUAGACUUGCAGGAAGUGUACACUGUUGACAAGAUUGUGAAUAGAUAACUAUGGCAUUAUGCAAUGUUGGAAGAUGCACUUGAUUUGUAAUGCCCCAACUAAAUAAAGUUUUUGAAACCAGGAAGUGUCACAGAAUUUAAGUGUGAUGCUUAUAGAAAGUACAUUAAGUGCCCUCCCUCCAGUUGUAACAUUCCUUUCCACUAUUACCAUAUCAUGACCUCACACUGACAUGUCUCUGCCAUGGACAGAAAUACACAAACAUCUGCAUGCACACUUUCCCCAUCAAUGCUAAAACCCAUUACCAAAUCACAGUUGCCUCUUUAAUAAAAAGAACCUAAAACUAAAAUGAACAGUCAAUUAUCACUUUUUUGGCUUGGAAGCCAAAAUUGACAGUCAUUGAAUUCAAUAUUCAAUGUAGUAAUGAUCACAGAUUAUGUAAAUCAUGUACUGUGUAUCACUUGGCAAAAUAUCCUUAAUUCUAUUAAAUGACACAUUCUGAUAACUAUAAUAUUGCGGGAGCCAACAGUGUAUAUAGUUACUUUAUAACUAAAUAUUAAAUGCUGGACCAAUGCAGUCAUGGAGAUAUUUUUGAAUAUCUGUUUGUCUGAGAAAUUACCAGUUACUAAUUGUGAUAAUUGAAAACUGGAUAGUGCAAGCCUACUUUUCAAUUUUCUUAAAUAUCCACAGUAUCCUGUCGUCAAUUUCUUGUAUAUUUAGAUCUGUUUUUACAUAAUGAAUUUUAUUUUGAAUUAGCUUAUGCUAAUUAUGGGAUAGAAGAUGAGGGGCACAUGGCUCUAUCUGUUGUCAUGGUGAUACUAUCUUGCUGGCAAAUAAAUAUGAAGCUUUCUUGCAAUGCACUAAAAUAAUGCUGGAAGUUAACCCAGUGUACCCACUACCAUAAAAUAUUCAUAAAACAAGGAACCAGAUCAAAUUCAGAUUUGUUGCUUUUAGAGUACUGUCCAGGUUCAUGAGCACAAAUAGAAUGCAUACUGGAUUAAGAUUGAUUCCAGCUUUGGUAAAGUGUGUUCUGCAUUUCAGAAGAUGUUUUUUGUGCUGUGAAUCAGUUCAUGGAAUAUUUUUCUAAUAUUGUGUAGUAUUUCUUUUUUCUUGUCAGCAGCAUUGUUUUUUUGGCUUACCUAUGUAGCCUUGGCUUCAGCACAUGAAUUAUUUUAACUCAAUAUCUUAAUCUUUCAAGGCAAACCUAGACUGAAGCAAUAUUUGUUUUACCAAUACACUGUCAAAAGCCCAUAUUUUCUCAACUUAAAAUGACAGCAUGUUUUGUGUAUAAUAGCUUUGUAAUUAUGCUACAACAAUACCUUCACUGAAGAAGUGGUUGCUUCAUAUGGUACUAUAUUGUAAUACCUCACUUCACAUUAAAGACUGUGUUUUCUAUUUGUUUACCCAAGUAACUACUUAAUUACCAAUUUGGCAGGUCACUUUUUAUACAAUUCAGAGACCAUCUGCAGAGUUAACUUUCUAUUUAUUAUCAUAUUAAGAUAAUUGAAAAUGAGGAACAGUAAUGGAUUUAAAUUGUUCUCCAGGAUUUCAUUCAUUACCUCAGACCAACCUGAGAAGUACUCCUAGCAUAUUGUCAAUAUUUCUCCAUCUAUGUUGUAAUAUCCCUUCCAUGUGCCCUGUGAGGUGCAUAAGGUUCUGUUUGUUUUUAGAAUAAAUAUUUCAGUAGAAUCUAUAUUCUGUUUAUUGCAGUUUGAAUAUUCUAAUUUCAUCAGAAUAUUCAGUCCUAUUUACAAAGGUACUGGUCUCUGAAUUGGCUUGUGAAAGGUGACGUUUUUGAACGAUGAAAGUGGUAGCCAGGCUUUUAGUUAAACAGUCUGAAGCAAGUUUGACUUUGAUUCUGAUUUUUUUUUGAAAAGCUGUACACUGAGCUACUACUCUGAAUAAAAUGCCUCUCAUCAA